CAUUUUUAGACCGAGUCUUUAAUCCGCGGGGCACACAUGAACUCAAUAAGUUUCACAUUUCUGAAGGCUUUAGAGUGUUUUGUUACAGGUUUAGAGUGUUUUCUAGGGUUUAUACCUGUAACCUCUGGCACAGAAGAGCAGCUCCGCACCGGUGCGGUGUGUGAAGGUUAAUGUGUGUUCAGUAGGUAAGGGUUCAGUGUUCGCCUCGUCACUGUUGCUCGGCUCAAUGAUCUCAGAUGAGCGCUGGGAGACGCUGAUAAUAACGACACGAGAGACAGAGAGAGACGGACACACACACAGACAUGAGAGGCAGAAAGAGAGCAGGGAGCCGUGACCCGAUGCGGGAUCCCGUUCCCGGCGACUCCAUGUUCUCCUCCAGCUCCGUCUCCGACCCCCGGUUCCGGUUCCGAUGGCGAGCCAUCACCGUAGCGACUCUGCUAGCGGCCGGCGUACUCCUGUACCGGCACCAGAACUCGUCAUCCGGCUCCUCCGAGACCCGGUCCGAGAGCCGGCGCUCGUGGCGUUCCAGCCGGGACGUGUCCGGUGUGAUGGAGACCCAAUCGCGUUACAACGACACGUAUCCGCUCAGUCCUCCAGAACACACGGCUAGGGGGAUCCGGUACCGGAUCGGAGUGAUCGCGGACCUGGACACGGACUCGCGCAGCCAGAAGGCCAACACGUGGUUCAGUCUCCUGAAGCGAGGAUAUGUCCUGGUGUCCGAGAGCGGGGACAGUGUGUCGGUGGACUGGGACUCGGACUCGCUGGUUCUGGACUCUCAUCUGUCGGAGAAGGGCCGGGGGAUGGAGCUGUCCGAGCUGGUGGCGUUUAACGGGCACCUGUACAGCGUGGAUGACCGGACCGGUGUCGUGUACCGGAUCGAGGGAAACCGAGCCGUGCCCUGGGUCAUCCUGACCGAUGGAGACGGGAGUGUUUCGAAAGGCUUUAAAGCGGAGUGGAUGGCAGUGAAGGACGAGCGGCUGUAUGUCGGGGGUCUCGGGAAGGAGUGGACGACCGUCAGCGGAGAGUUCGUCAAUAACGACCCCGAGUGGGUGAAGGUGGUCGGCUUCAAUGGUGACGUGGAGCACGAGAACUGGGUGCCGAGGUAUAACGCCCUGAAGAAGGCAGCGGAGAUCCAACCACCCGGUUAUCUGAUCCACGAGUCUGGCGUGUGGAGCGAGCGUCUCCAGCGCUGGUUCUUCCUCCCGCGCCGCGCGAGCUCCGAACGCUACGAGGAGACGGCAGACGAGCGGCGCGGCACGAACCUGAUCCUGAGCUGCUCGCGCGACUUCAGCCAGAUCUCAGCGGCUCGCGUCGGCACGCUCCAGCCCACGCUCGGCUUCUCCUCCUUCAGGUUCAUCCCGGACACCGACGAUCAGAUCAUACUAGCGCUCAAGUCCCAGGAGGACGCGGGGCGGAUCGCUAGCUACAUCACCGCCUUCACGCUGGACGGGCGAAUCCUGCUGCCCGACACCAAAAUCGGGGACGUCAAGUAUGAAGGUCUGGAGUUCAUAUAGGCUGCGUUUACACACUACACACACACAACCCCAUCUUUACUCAGUCUGACACCGAUCCGAUCUGGUGUGUGUUUCCCGAAAGCAUCGUUAGCCAAAUAUGGUCGCGAGUUCCGUCGUUAUCAGGAUACUUAAACGAGUCCAAAUGAACAUUUGCAAACAGCAUCGCAAAGUUGUGUGUUUGGACCCUGAUGUAAAUACACAAAUAUGACGGUCUGGAGUUCAUCGUUUACUCUGGCACGGAGAAUACGACCUUUUAGGGCCGGUUUACACUGACGGAAGUGAAUGUAAACGGGCGGGACCAAAAUCAGACGUGGUGUAAAGAUGGGGUGUGAACGUCAUGAUUAUACCGAACACACACUGCACUCUCACUACAGAAGCUCAGGGGACUGAAGGGAAACAUGCAAUAUAGAGGACAUCUCAAGAAAUGUGUGCAUUGAAAAUAUGAUGAGAAUAAUUCCUAUAAUUGUCUUAAAAAUGCCUUUUUUUAAACUACACACCUCAAGAGCUAUUUUAUUGGUAACAUUUUUACAAUGAGGUCUCAUGCAUUAACGUUACUUAAUGCAUUAGCUAUAUAUGCAAUAUGUAUUUAUUAAUCUUUAAGGUUAGUAAAAUAUAAUUGUUGUUUUAUUUAAGUUAACAAAAGUCAUGCUGUUCUAAUGCAGUUAACUAACGUUCACAAACGAAAGCUCAUUGGGAAGUGUUCGUGUUUUAUUUGUUACUGGCUUUAGUGCUUUUUAUUUUUAGUCUAAGAACUACACUGGACAUGUUUAUACGAUACGUCUUUGAUUUAUGCCAUUAAUGGUGAGAUAUAUGCGUAUUAAAAUGAAUAUGCAAAUAAAGAUUUAUUUUUAAUU